UCGUCUUAUGAUGGCUGCGUGUAGUCGGAGGCGCACACAGCAUUUCUAUUGCACACACCAACACAAACAAUUCGACAAAUCUAACGAUUGGUUCGAAGCUCACAGCGUACAAAACAAAAAUAUUUCUCUUUUGAACUAAAGUGCCUUUAUAUCGCAUAUACACAACAACAUUUAAAACAAACGAAAAAAAAAGAUUGUAUUCGUUUUUUAGUUGAACAAUUUACAAUUUUCUACACCGAAAAAAGAAACUGAAUUGUGAGUUUUUUCCAGCGAAAAUAUCGUUUAGAAUUUCAGUUUUUUAAUUGUGAAGAGAAAUCGAAGAACUUUUCUCAUUUUGGAAUUAAGUGAAUAUUGUGUAUACGGUUGGAACGGAAAUGGUAGAAGUUGGAGUGCUGUAAAUCUGUACAUCUAUUUUACCAUUCUGAAGAUUUUUGGAGGAAUUACAACUUGAUAUCCAAAAAUUGUGGCAUCGCAUAACAUUCAGCCCAAUUUAAAUUAAGGCUCUUAUUGAAUUUUUAUAUUGAUGCAUCAGCUGUAGUAGUGAAUCGAUCAAGAUGACUGUAACGAUGAAUACAGCAACUAAGGAGCCAAUGCCAAAUCAAUUUGGCGCAAUGAAUCCCGUGUAUGGUGCACCAAAUGCCAUACCAACCAUUUGCAUGAGCUUAUAUCCAACGAAUGUUAAUUAUCCGGUAAAGAAACCAAUUGAAACAGCCAAAGCGACCAAAACAUCACAACUUAGAAAACUUAUACCGAUUAUCUGUGGACUACUAACAUUCGCAACAGUUCUAAGUAUUUUAAUCAUUUUUAUGGAUACAUCAGAAAUCCGCUUGCAAAAAUUCCGCUUGAAUAUGACACGUGAUGAAGAACUGAACAUUCAACGCGAUAAUCCGGAACUGGUGGCAUAUAUUCGUUGGCAAUUAUCACAGCGUAAAAGUGUACCACCUGUGCCUAGCUAUAGCAAACGUAACGGUCUGGUACCAGAAUUAGCGAUGGAAAUUGCUAGGCAUGUAAAUUUAAAAGAUAACGGGUAUUUUGUGCAGUCAUUAACAAAUUUCAAUGGCGAAUUUUUGACCGGCCCAUGGUUAGCUGAACACCUGAACUGGGGUGGACUCAUCAUUGAGCCGGAUGCACAUAAAUUUUUUUCAUUGUGCAAAGAAACACUGAUGCAACCAAAAGUUCAGGUUAUUCAAGCUUGCGUGUCACCAAACAAUCAUCCACGCGAGAUUGCUUUGCGUGAGGAAGACAAUGAUAGCAGUGAAGUGCAAAUUGCCAGUUUAGUAAGUGGCAAUCAAUCAUGGUUCUUUCCACGAGCCAAAUGUUAUCCAUUGUACUCGCUGAUGCUGGCCGUGAAUCGAACGGAAAUCGAUGUUCUCAGCUUAGGUUGUCAGAGCCAAGAAAUUGAGAUUUUGCGAACGGUUCCAUUUGACAAAGUGAAAAUUCGAGUCAUAACAAUUCAUUUUAAUGGAUAUUAUGAAGGUGAUUAUCCAGCGUACGAUAGUGAGUUUGCAACGAAACUCAUUGAUCUGACAACCAAGUUCCUGCAAUCAAAGUCAUAUCGUUUGGAAAAGAUAAUUGAUCAAAAUUACAUUUACACAUUGGUCGAUGGAAAAAAUGCGAUAAGCAAAGAGUCCAUGACAGGCGUUGUCAGGCCAGCGAAAAUAUAUGACAAAAGAUUGAGUAAAUGAGAAACUAAAUCAAUUUUGAUUUAAACGAUAUGAACAAGAAGAAGAAGAAGAAGAAGAAAACUAUAUAUCAAAUUAAAGACACUAUAGGGAAUGCAUUUCAAAUACCGUUUAGUCACUUUUAAAUGUUGGUUAGCACGCUCUCGAUUAAACAGUUUUUUUAGCAGAACAGAAAUAACGCGUAAAAAUAAAGCAAUUAAGGAUAAUAAUGAAAAGAAAAAUAGACACGUAAUGCUAGAGAACCGAAAUAGAUUUUCAUAUGAUCUCGAUAUUCGUUUGUAUUAAAUUAAAAUCCUCCGAGAUACAAACGCGAACACAAACCCACUUAAACUCAAUACAUUUUAAAUGCACCUCGGUCACGAAGUAAACGUUCCAUCGACAGAUUCAAUGAUUAUUGUUUAAUAAUGCACGUAUACAUUCGAAUUAUUUAUUAUGUUUACAACCACACUUUCUUUUUUUUUUCUUGCUUUCCAUUUCUCGCGGUCAUUUGAACAUUGGCGAUUCAAUGCAUUCGUUAUAUAUUUACUUACUUAUAUUAUAUAUCAUUGAUAACAACCAUUGCGUUCGGAUUUUGAAGGCUUUUUACUCAUCACUAUGUAUAAUAUGCAAUUGACGGCGGUUAUGCGCGCGAGUUAUUAUUACAUGACUUACCAUUCCGAAAAGCAAAUGAUUAUUAUUAAUAUUAUUUCAUACAAUGGAUAUCUAUUUGGAUUUUCAUUUUUCUCGUUGUUGAUCAUUUACGCAGAGAAUUUUAUCGUCGAAAGAUUCGUGAGUAUUUUGUAAAAUAUCUCAUUUGAAAACAAGCAAAAAAAAGAAAUCGAUUUGUUUUUUCUUUAUCGAAUCUAUAUAUAUUGUACACAAAAUCAAAUUCCAAAACUCUCGAUCCGUCUCAUGUUACAUUUCAAUCUGAUAUUGCAUUCCACAAUAUUCAGAGUAAAAAGCCUACAUAGCAUUUCCCCACAUUUUUCAUUCAUUUUCUUUUGUUAGUAUAGUAUUUAUAUUAUCUAUAUAUAUUGCAAGUAUUAUUAGUAGGAGGUUGUCAUUUUCAAAUUGUUUAGUAGUUACAUUCUUCAUAUUUUCGUACCAUCGGCCAAUUCAUGUAAACAACAAUAAGUUUUUUUAGUGUCAAUUAUUUUUUCGAUUGGAUUUAAAGAAAAGAGAAACGAUUCUUUUUUUCUCAUUUUUAUUUAAACA